GGGGAUGCCCCGCGGGUGAGGCAGCCCCCAGCUUCCAGCCGCGUUCAUGGCGGUGGCCAGGAAGAUCAAAACUUUGCUGACGGUCAACAUCCUGGUGUUCGUGGGCAUCAUCCUCUUCUCCGUGUACUGCCGCCUGCAGGACCGCUCCGAGGAACUGGUGCAGAUUGUGCGCAGCGCUGACCGCCGGGUACGCAGCCGGCACGCCAAGGUGGGCGCGCUGGUGGACCGCGAGGCCAUCCUGCAGCGGCUUGACCACCUGGAGGAGGUGGUCUACAACCAGCUCAAUGGCCUGGCCAAGCCCAUUGGUCUGGUGGAGGGCCCGGGGGGCCUGGGCCAGGGCGGCGUGGCCGCCACACUGCGGGACGACAGCCAGGAGACAGAGGGCAAGUUCGAGGAGUACGGCUACAAUGCGCAGCUCAGCGACCGCAUCUCCCUGGACAGGAGCAUCCCCGACUACAGGCCCAAAAAGUGCAGACAGAUGAGCUACUCCCAAGACCUGCCGCAGGUCUCCGUGGUCUUCAUCUUUGUGAACGAAGCCCUGUCAGUCAUCCUGCGCUCCGUCCACAGCGUGGUCAACCACACGCCCUCCCAGCUGCUCAAGGAGGUCAUCCUGGUGGACGACAACAGCGAUAAUGUGGAGCUCAAGUUUAACCUAGACCAGUACGUCAACAAGCGGUACCCAGGCCUGGUGAAGAUCGUGCGCAACAGUCGGCGGGAGGGCCUGAUCCGGGCGCGGCUGCAGGGCUGGAAGGCCGCCACGGCCCCUGUCGUCGGCUUCUUCGACGCCCACGUCGAGUUCAACACAGGCUGGGCUGAGCCCGCCCUCACACGGAUCCGGGAGGACCGCCGGCGCAUCAUCCUGCCAGCCAUCGACAACAUCAAGUACAGCACGUUCGAGGUGCAGCAGUAUGCCAACGCGGCCCACGGCUACAACUGGGGCCUCUGGUGCAUGUACAUCAUCCCGCCCCAGGACUGGCUGGACCGUGGCGAUGAGUCGGCGCCCAUCAGGUGCCACGCGGCUGUUUCCUCAGAGACCCGGGAGCUGGGCGGCGUGGCCGCAGUGAGCUCCGGGGGCACAU